UUUAAUUUCGAUUUUCAUUCCCUUUCAUUUGUGAAACAAUUGAAUCAUCUGAUACAUAAAAAAAUUGUUGAUAAAAUUAAUCAGUGCUUGCUUUGAUUGUCCAGACAAAAAGAAUUAUAUGUGAUUCUUGAAGAAGCAUUCUUGUUUUUGUUCACAAAUAAUUGUAUCAACUUUUAUAAUUCCGGAUUAAAUCCGUACGUUUCAACAAAAAUCAUUCAACACGGCUUUCGCACAUUUAAACGGUAUAUCGACGAGUGCAGUCGUCUUUGACGAUAUUUUUUCUACAUCGAUACCAUCGGCUGCUUGUGCCGCUGCUGCUGCUAUAACCGGAUUGUCGCCAUCGAUUGCUGCUGUUGCCACCGGAGGACCACCACCAUCACAGCCACUGCCGCCACCACCAAUUGGCUCGAGCUCGUCAUCAUCGUCAACAUCAACAUACUCGCCGCCAUUAUUAUCAAACCAAAUUCAGCAGCACCCAAAACAGACAAUUGUGCCCAACAUGUUUCCAAUGGGAACACAACCUCCUAAUAAUAGGGGAAAAGCUCCACUACCACAAAUGCAGCCAACAACAAUCGGUCAACAUGGCCAAUUUACUGGAUCAUUGGUCGUUGGGUCAGCCGGUACCGGUGGUAAUGGUGGAGGGGGUACAUCCGGUCCAAUUGGUAGUGUUGCACCAGGAAGUUCGGUUGUUCCAUCAACGAGUGGUCUACAAGCAGGUGGUGGAGGGAACGGUAGUUCCGGUGGUAGUGGUAGCAGUGCAGUAGGUGAUCCUGGCUAUUCUGGACCAAGAUUUAUCUCACCACGGCGACCUGAUUAUGGCCAUUAUGGAUUUCCUAUCCAUUUAAGAGCAAAUCAUUUCCAGAUAACUAUGCCGCGUGGUUUUCUCCAUCAUUAUGAUGUGACCAUUACACCGGAAAAAUGUCCAAGAAAAAUCAACAGAGAAAUUAUCGAGAUAAUGGUCCAAGCAUACAACAAAAUAUUUGGCAACAUAAAGCCCGUUUUUGAUGGUCGAAAAAAUAUUUACACGCGUGAUGAUUUGCCUAUUGGUCGUGACAAAAUUGAAUUGGAAGUAACACUACCUGGUGAAGGAAAGGAUCGAGUGUUUCGCGUUGCAAUCAAAUACGUGUCCAAAGUGAAUCUUGAUUUGCUUGAAGAAGCUCUCGAAGGUAAUGCUCGUACAAUGCCACAGGAUUCGAUACAAGCAUUGGAUGUUGUCAUGCGUCAUUUGCCAUCGAUGACAUAUACACCGGUUGGACGUUCGUUUUUCUCAUCACCCGAUGGUUAUUUCCAUCCUUUGGGUGGUGGCCGUGAAGUUUGGUUUGGUUUCCAUCAAUCAGUACGUCCAUCACAAUGGAAAAUGUCAUUGAAUAUCGAUGUAUCAGCGACUGCAUUUUAUAAAGCGCAACCAGUGGUCGAUUUCCUAAUGGAAGUAUUGGAUUUGCGUGAUUAUGAACAAUGUCGUAAAAAUUUGUCUGAUUCAUUUCGUGUAAAAUUUACCAAAGAGAUCAAAGGUCUUAAAAUUGAAAUCACUCAUUGUGGUACUAUGCGACGAAAAUAUCGGGUAUGUAAUGUUACCCGACGUCCUGCACAGCUACAGUCUUUCCCAUUGCAACUUGAAAAUGGUCAAACAAUCGAAUGUACUGUGGCCAAAUAUUUUCUGGAUAAAUAUAAAAUGAAAUUGAGAUAUCCAAAUUUGCCUUGUCUUCAAGUUGGCCAAGAGCACAAACAUACCUAUCUUCCAUUAGAAGUGUGUAAUAUUGUACCUGGUCAACGAUGUAUCAAAAAAUUGACCGAUAUGCAAACAUCAACAAUGAUCAAAGCUACGGCCCGUUCUGCACCCGAUCGUGAACGAGAGAUUAAUAAUCUCGUUCAGAAAGCCGAUUUUAAUAAUGAUCCAUAUGUACGCGAAUUUGGUUUAAGCAUAUCGAAUAUGAUGAUGGAAGUAAAAGGACGAGUACUACCUGCACCAAAAAUUCAAUAUGGUGGGCGUACAAAACAACAAGCUAUACCAGCUUUUGGUGUAUGGGAUAUGCGUAAUAAACAAUUUCAUAUUGGCGUUGAAAUUCGUGUAUGGGCUAUCGCUUGUUUCACGCCACAACGAAUGUGCCGUGAAGAUGCAUUGCGUUCUUUUACUCAAAGUUUGCAAAAAAUUUCUAACGAUGCUGGUAUGCCUAUCAUUGGGCAGCCAUGUUUCUGCAAAUAUGCUACCGGUGCUGAUCAAGUGGAACCAAUGUUCCGUUAUUUAAAACAAACAUAUGUUGGCCUACAAUUGGUUGUAUGCGUAUUGCCAGGAAAAACACCCGUCUAUGCUGAAGUUAAACGUGUUGGUGAUACCGUAUUAGGUAUCGCUACACAAUGUGUUCAGACAAAAAAUGUUACUAAAACAUCGCCACAAACAUUAUCGAAUUUAUGUUUGAAGAUUAAUGUCAAAUUGGGUGGUAUCAACAAUAUCCUUGUGCCCAACAUAAGACCGAAGGUGUUCAAUGAGCCUGUGAUAUUCUUAGGCGCAGAUGUAACACAUCCACCAGCAGGCGAUACUAAAAAACCAUCCAUUGCGGCUGUUGUCGGUUCAAUGGAUGGCCAUCCAAGUCGUUAUGCAGCAACUGUUCGUGUACAACAGCAUCGCCAAGAUGUCAUUCAAGAUCUCAGCACAAUGGUACGCGAACUGCUUUUACAGUUCUAUCGAACUACACGAUUCAAACCAUAUCGUAUAAUAUUGUAUCGUGAUGGUGUAAGCGAAGGCCAAUUUCAACAAGUAUUAACCCAUGAAUUGAUCGCCAUACGUAAGGCAUGUGUCCAACUUGAAGAAGAUUAUCGUCCUGGCAUUACAUUUAUUGUUACACAAAAACGUCACCAUACACGGUUAUUCUGCGCCAAAGAAAAAGAACAAAUUGGCAGAAGUGGCAACAUUCCAGCUGGUACCACUGUUGAUGUUGGAAUUACUCAUCCUACAGAAUUUGAUUUUUAUUUAUGUUCGCAUGCCGGUAUUCAGGGCACAAGUCGCCCUUCACAUUAUCAUGUACUAUGGGAUGAUAAUGAUUUUUCUGCUGAUGAAAUUCAAUUGCUGACUUAUCAACUUUGUCAUACAUAUGUACGAUGUACACGUUCGGUAUCGAUUCCAGCUCCGGCCUAUUAUGCUCAUUUAGUUGCAUUCCGUGCUCGUUAUCAUCUGGUCGAUUUAAAAGAAAUCGAUAGAUUAAGUCAAGCUGAAAUUGAAUCCAAUACUUCAACAUCAUUUUCCGAAAAUGAACCACAUAAUCCUACUGGUGAAGGUACAAGUCAUCAUCCUGGAACGAAUUUCGAUGAACGUACAACAGCUGCAAUGUCACGAUCAAUAGCAUUACACCCAAAUUCAUUCAAAGUCAUGUAUUUCGCUUGAACGAUUUUAACUAAAGAUAAUUGGCGAAUACUUAAUAAUGACCAGAAUUAAAAUCCGAAAGAACCGAAAAUAUUAAUUUUUUCUAAUCAUCAUGACCAUCAAACGUUAUAUUCACUAUCAUAUCUUCAUUUCACAUUUGACAACCACUACAACCGUGCCCUACACACACACACACACCUACCUAUUAAUGGUCAUCACAUUUGUAGAAAACAAAGCAGCUAUAUAUAAAAUAUUUUAUUUGCUUACGAAUCUCAUCAAAUCUAUGCAUGCAAGCAUGAACACAAUCGUCUUUAUUUUCGCAUUCAUCUAAUCAGACAUCAAACACCAGUCCACAACCACCACCGUCCGUGCUCCAUAAAGAAGGAAAUGAAUACUAUUUCGAAAUGAGUCAAAAAGAAAAAUCAACAAUUUUUAAUUGUUUAAUUUAAAAUGAUAAUUAUUGGAUGAAUUUUCUGUCAUUGACGAAAAUCUAACCUCACUACGUAUCAUAUAUAAUAUAUUAUUAUUCUUGAUGCUGAUUUUUCAUCUGAUGAAUUUUCAAUAAUUUACUUAUAUCCUCAUAAUUCAUAUUUUAUCAACUUCUGAUGAUAAGGAUAAUAUCUGAUUCUGCAAUCAAUUACAUACAAAAAAAAAAUAUUGGCUUUCCUCAUAUCUUUCAAAUUUUUGCUGUCCGAAUUUUUUUUUCAAUCAAUCAAUCGUCCAGAACAAUAACACACUCGUCGACACACAUGUUACAUUUAAAUAUUUUUAAAUAGAUGCAUUUAGUCAAUUUUUUUUACGUCCACUUAUUCGCUACAAAUAAAUUUUUCAUCUUGUCUUGUGUUUUAAAAUCUUCAAUUAUUUAUCAUGUUUGACAAUAAUAAUUUCAUUGAUCUUCUGUUCAUUAUUACCCAAACAAUUCACGCUCUGACACAACAUGCUCUUGUUUUUCCCAAAUCUCAUUAUAUCUAAUUUUUACAUCAUCAUUGUUUCUUUUUAUUGAGCUAUCAAAGUUAUUUGAAUUUUUUUUUCUUAUUCUAAUCAAGAACAUCAAUUUUGCCAUUUACAUUUGUGUUUGUGUUUAUUGAGAAGAUAUAUAUAUUUCAUAGAUAAUUCAUAUGCCAUUUUUUUCGACCACCAUGAUUCGAAUCAAUGAAAUCAUCGCAUAUCAUAAAAGUUGUUCUUAAGUCAUCGAUUCUAACCAGAGAUAGACCAGGGACACAAAUAAGUCGACCUGAAUUAUUGUUUCGAAUUUUGUUGUCGAAGAUUUCGGAUUUGUGUAUAUCUAUGAUCCAUAUCUUUCCGGUAUACAUGCAUACACACACACACACACACACAUGAAUAAACAUACCACUCAUGCACAAAGACAUUUGAUUGUCUGACUCAAACAAUCUAUAAUAAAAUGAUUUUAAAAAGUUCAGAAAAAUAAUGGAAGCCACACACACACACACACACACACAACACAGAUACACGAUUACAUACAAUUGUUCCAAACAAUGGAUAUUUUCUCUAUCCUUAUCAAGAACAUUCAAAAUAUUAAUUAUUUUAAUCUAAAAUUUCAGCACCUUAUUCGAUAAUUAUAAUAAUUGAAAACGAAUAAAAAUAUUUUUCAUUUCA